AUGCGUGCAUCUACUACCAUCCUCGCCAUCCUUCUUCCUCUUGCCGCCCUGGCCAAUCGCGCUCCACAAGUCACCGACAACCCGCCGGACGUCGAGUAUGUCGCGACUCUCCCGAAUGGGACCACGAGCACCACGGGCUCGGUCACGAUCAGCUCCGGCUGUGCGGGCGGCGGCGAAGAAGGCGUCGAGGUCCAGGUCCGCAUCGCCGGCUUGCCGACCGAGGGAGGGCCUUUCCGUGAGUCAAACAAACAAAAGAGUACAUCUAUUCUUCAAGGUUGUCACGUGCUGACGCCGGAUCUCCCAGUCUACCAUAUACAUAAGCGGUACCUCGACGCCACUGGCGCUUGCUCGAGCGCCGGCGGCCAUCUUGAUCCGUUCAUGAACAACGGCACGGGCUGCAAUGCGACUGAUCCAGCGUCGUGCGAGGUCGGCGAUCUUUCGGGCAAGCAUGGGGAGAUUUCUGAUACGAUUUUCUCGGCCAGGUACGAUGCAAUCUUUGCGGUCUGAAUUACGAGAUUUCCGAUGCUAAUGGUGAACUCGUAGCUACCAAGACGCCUACAUCUCCGUUCAGAACCAGAGCUUCCCGGACCCGAAGAGCCCGUCUGUCGCCAUGCGCUCUCUGGUCGUGCACUUUGCCAACAAGACCGCCAUUACAUGUGCGAAUUUCACUUUGAACAGCAUGUAUGUUUGUUCGAGUUCAAGUUCGAGUGCGGGUGGUGGUUCUGGUGCGACCGGUUCACCCGGGUCGAAUGCUGGUUCUGGCGCAGGCUCAAGCGGCAGCUCGGGAUCGAAUGGUGCUUCUGGAUCAAGUGGCAGUUCAGGGUCGAGUGGUUCUGGAUCUGGCAACCCCGGCUCUAAUGGCGGAUCACCAUCUGGACAAGCAUCAGGUUCCGGCGCUGGAAGCAGUGGAAGUGGCGGGAAUCCGAAUGGGAGUGGAAAUGGAGGUUCCGUCGUGACUGUCACACAAAUCGUGACGGCACCUGUCAAUGGCGGAGCUCCAGCAUCAGGGGCGUAG